UCAGACUUAACUGCCCGUCGACCUUUCUCCCGUUCUCUCGUUUGGGUCGUUUUUCGCUUCUUUUUGUUUUAUUUUGCUGUGAAUGGUGAUUGUGGCGUUUAGUUUUAGUUAUAGGAGGAAACGCUUCGUCGGACGUCGGUGGAUCACCUGUCUCAAAGAGGGCAUCACCGCCGGGGAAGGACCGGAAAUAGGAAAAUAAAACUCACCUUAAUUAUUUCUCUCCAUUUCUAUUUAAUUGAUAGAGCGCACUGUAUAGGGCUAACAGUUUAAGUGAAUGUCGUACAGUGGAAAAUUGAUGGAGCUUUGUUUUAAACGAGCAAGUCGUAGACUUUGAAGAGAAAUUUUUGAGGUGUGUUCCUGCCGGAAAGUACCAUCGCUUCGAUUGAAUACAAUUCGCAAAUUCUACCGUUUAUAGAAAAAGGCUAUUAAAGUGUACAAAAGAGUGCAAAAAAAAACACAGCAAAAGGGAAAACAACAAGAAGAAUCCAAUCAAGUGACACAUCAGUUGAAAAAAGUAUAAAAGUGUGGCAAACGAUACAGUUUAGAGUGCGAAACAGAAGCUGCGCGAAGAAGUGAAGAGAGAGAGAGAUACGCGACGGUACCGUACAUCAUCAUCACAGUUGGCGCUGGACAAUUUGAGAAGAAAAAGUCGCUGACAUCAAUCAUAGCAGGCCACAAUCACAUCGGUGCGGAUCGCGAAACCGGAUUACCAACUCUCGGAGCGCACUCGGACCGAUAAAAUGAGGCAAAUUAAUGUUGAGACGGAGGACCCGCUGAAACGGAUACAGGAGGAGAUCAACGAGGUGGCCCGCCGCGAGCAGGAACUCCGGCAAGGCCACCGGCUGAACGAUUCCUCCUCGAUGGAUGACUGCCUCUCGUCGGCCAACUCGGACGACUCCGGACUUUCACUCUCGCCCAGCCCCAUCCACUCGCCGUCGGUGUCCAACCUGAAAGACAAGAUCGAAGCACAGUCACAGGCAAGCAGCAAUCUACAGCAACAGCUAAACGGUACCCUGAGCACUAACGGCAUCACCACGGCACGGCAGCAGUUCAUGGCGCCGCCGCCCCAAUCAAACUCGUUGACCCGUGCCCGUUCCACGCCGCAGCUCUUCCAAAUUUCUCCGAACCGGCGCUUCAACCCGAACCCGAACCAGCGCGGAAUAAUGCAGAAAUUUAUUGCCUCCCGAGGUCGACUGAACAAACUGCAGCCAUCCGCAGCGGUCGGGGCCACGGCCAACGGUCAUCUUAGUAGUGCCAACGGCAACAGUCUCAACGGCAGCAGCCACGUGAACAAGCAGGAACAGCAGCAUCGGUCACCCAUCGAGCUGAACCGAUCGCACAUCAUGCUCCCACCAACGGCCAUCUCCACGCCACCCGUCAUCGAGCGGGACUCCAACGGUCGACCCAUCCGACGGGGCUACAUCCCGGUGGAGGAAAAGAUCCAGAAGGAACUGCGCGACCUAAAGAACCGGGAAAGCGAGCUGAAGCGUUUGCGCAAACAGAAACGGGUCGCAUCGCAGUCCGACCUGCUGGAACUCAACUACGGAAGUGAUUCCGGCGAGGACCUGUCCGACGAAGACAGUGCCGUGUCGAACGUGUAUCCACUGUCGCGUAAGCUGCGCUCCACCAAAUCUAUUGGCGAGCUUUGCGAAGCUCUGACCAACGCUAGUCUGUCCCCGAGGGAAACGCCAUCGCCACAGUUUGAUAACCGCCCGGGACGGGGCGGAAACGGAUGUGGAGUCGGCGGCGGCAUGCGUCCGGCCAUGUCCCUGGCCCAGCUGUGUGACCUUGACCCCGAGGAGGCUCCGUCGUCGCACAAACUGAUAGCCAAAUGGGAACACCUGAUCCAACAGAAGCAGCAGCGAUGAAGUUUGUUUUUGAUAAAGUAACUUAAUCACACGCAUCGUAUACAGGUGGCAAAUAUGAGUACUAGAGCUUAGAGAAGAUUACUUGGAGCCUAACAUUUCAAAAGGGCACAUAAUUUUUGUAAACAAUCGUGUAUCCCUUUCACUCAAAUGACAGUUUACAUAAGGUGUGAAAGGGACACACUCUUGUUUAAAAAAGUUAUGUGCCCUAAUGAAAUGGCAAGCACGACUUAUACAUAAUAAAUAAAAAAAGGGCUGUAUUUAUUCAAUCGAGCAAGAUGAUUCGCGCGUUUAGUUAUUUAAGUUUGCCGAAGUGAAACAGACAGAAAUUGAAGGUUGGAUUAUUUUCAAAACGAACAAUAUUAUACAAUAAAACAUUAAAAUUCGCAGCAAAUUUUGCAUUUUACUUCACUACAAGUGGCUUGAAAGAAACUUGUCAUUGUCUUAAUAAGGUCGUAGAAGGUGUUCCUUACUUUUGGGCCAAUGACUGUCAAUGAUGGUUCUGAAUUCAGGGUCCAGAAAUAGUAAAUUGAAAUGAAAAAAUAAUCACGAUAUGCAAAAUGCUUCUACAAACUACACAUAGAAAACCAUUUUUUGAUUGAUACAUUCUGAAUCAAAAUUUGAAUGUUUUUCUAAAACAAAAAUUGCCGCCAAAUAGCCGAUCUGGAAUUAUGCCUUCCAGUGCCAACUUCCAAGAUUUUUUAAAAGAGGCCACAUGGAAUUCAGAAAUGACCAUGUUUAAUCACUUUGCACGGCCUACUGCGUUAAAAGGUGGCACUCACGAAAGAUUGAACGAGUGAAGAAGGUAAGUGAAACGUGGGUGCUCUUACGUGAGUUUUUUGAUAGUGAGUAACGUUAAUGCAGGCACAAUCCCCCUUCCCUUCCCACGCCUUGUCUUUUAACAUCAAUCCCUUCCCUACUAACCCCGAGUAGGCCGCGGGUAAUCGGCUCCCCUCCCUCUAACAUUUACACACAAGAUCCUCUGUAAUUACUCUUAGCUUUAAAAACAAUGUAAUUACAAAAUCCGACUCGGUCCUAACCCAGUACCGAAAAGGACCUAAUAAAAAUAAUUUUAUGAAAAAAAAAAAACGUUAAUGCAGGCCUUACCAAAGAGGAUCAGGAUUGAACCGAAUAAACGGGUAUUUCUCAAACAUUAAAAAUAAACGACAGAGUGUUGCAUUUUACCAUCUCAAAAAUGUGUAUUCUGAUAAACAUAUUUUGAUUACAAUAAUGUUCCGACCGGCUAGCAGUAUAUUUCUCUCAAACAAAUCGAACAUUCACUUACUUUUUUUUUUGCUCUGUCUCUGUGUUAGGAAUUUGCAUGAUUCGUUUAAAAAAAAAACCUAGCUUCUUGAUACAAACCCAGUGAAUUUAUAUAUCAAAUAAAAGGUGGUAA